AUGGAGUGCAAAGUCGACGUAGGUUUGACUGGAAAACACAUAAAAGGCGAUAGAAAGACAGAACUGACCAUCAAAUACACGGACAUGCCUGAGAAGAUGAAAGAGACGGUCAUAUCUCUCGGUCACAGGGCUUUGGGGAGGUUUCAAACAGAAAUUGACAUCGCUACUUACAUAAAGGACUACAUGGACAAGACUUACAGGGGUGGAAGAUGGCACGCGUUUGUCGGAAGAAAUAUUAAAGUCUGCUGUAGCUACGAAAACGGAAAGUUCAUACAUUUCUUUAUUGGAGAUUUGGCAUUUAUAAUCUUCAGAACGGAGUAUACCCAAUGA